AUGCUGAACCUCACCAAUAUUCCGUGUCACGCAGCUCUGCUAGUGCAGAUGACGUCGUGCGGGGAGUCCAAACAAGCGGGCGCCAUUGCGCGGCGUGAGCGCGAGCGUCGGCGACGGCGGGUCCUCGUGGAGCAGCAGCGUGAGCAGGAGAUGCUCGAGGAGAACCAGCUUGAGCAGGUGUUGCUCGAGAAGCUGGGGCGCCAGUCUAUCGAGGAGAGUGCCAUCAGCUACCGCAGCUGGCGGGCAAAGACCUUCGAGGAGGUCGUUGUCAGGAAUCGGCAGGCACGGCAGCAGCAGUACUCGGCGCAGAAGAGGGCAGACAAGGAGGAGGUGCUUCGGCGGGACCAGGAUCUACGGGACGAGAUGGUGGAGACCAUGCGAGAGCAAGAGGAGCGUGAGCAUGUGCGGUACCGGGCCAUCGAGCGCGGCCGCCACGCCAAGCGCCGUGAGAAGCUGCGAGAGGAGAUGGAGGGGAUCUUGGACCUCAUCAUGCAGAUGGCCUUCGCUGACAUGGAGCAGGAGCAGCUGACGGACAGAGAGGAGGUGGAUCCCACUCUUUGGCGCGAGUGGGUCUCACUCUUCGAGGAGAACCUUCCUGUCCGGCUGGUUCCCAGCUUGGAGGACUGCGCUGAAGAGCCGGCGCCGUUGACGUCGCUUCCGGAGCCGACGGGUUUGGCGAAUCUGCACCCACCAGGAAGCACUCUGAAUGCUGCCGCGCUCCGCGAUUUCGUUCAGGGCCUGGGCCAGUGGGAGGUGCCGAGGACGAUCCUCGACGAGGCACAGCCCGCGGUAGUCCCCUUCGACCAUGAGGUGGAGGCCGGAAGGAAGUCCGAGAUCGAGUGGGAAUCUGGGAAAGGCAUGGAAAGACUAGAUUUAGCUCUUUUGAGGACUCAGGGGUUCUCCGGGAACAGUUGCUCCGCAGUUUGA